CAGGGAGCCUGGGAGGGAGAAAGCUGAGACAGGCAGCCCCCCAUGUGCCCAUCUGCCCCCCGCUGGAGGUGCUCGAGGGGCAGAGCAGAGGGCAGCAGGAUCUGUGUGCUCAACACCACCCCUGCUUCCGAGCAUCUUGCCAGCCUGGAGGCUUUGCUGUCAGCCUGCAGCUCCGCGCAGCACCGGUCCUGCCUGCAAGAUGCUGGGAGCAGGGAGCUCCCGGGGAGGGGGGCAUUUGCAGAGCGCUUUGCAUCACCAUCACCCCUCGCUGAGGAGAUCCUGGCGGAGCUGAAUCCCCCCUGCCACACCACUCUCCCACCACACAGCUGCUCUCAGCAUCCCUUUCUUCCCUCAUCUCCCCUCCACUCCCCCCGGCUCCCUCCUCCUUCCACCCAGCUCCUCCAUCGCCGCUCCUGCUGUCUCCCACCCCCUUCCCUGCACUCUCCCCUCGCUGUCUCUCUCUCCCCCCUUCCCGUCUCCAUCCCGGUCGCUCCCCUCCCUUUCUCCCUCUUCUCAUGCCCUAUCGCUCAUCCUUUCAUUCUCAUUCUCCUGCCGCUGCUCCUGCGCCUGGCGCCCAUUGGUCGCCAGGAUCCGUCCCCCAGCAGCUGCCACCCCUCUCCAUCUGCCACCCCCACCACCGAGCCCCCCUUCUCCUGCAGAUGGACAGGGGGCCGGGGGGCACACCGGGGUCCGCUGAGCCACCGGUGUGGGGAUGAGGGGUCUGGCAUCCCUUCACGGCCACGUCCCCCCCACGAGUGGGUCCUGGGGCUGAGGAGGCGAAGUCCUGCAGCAGUCAGAGAGGGGCGAUGGGCAGGCCCAGGAAGGAGGACGUGCGUCUCUGCUGAUGGGACAUUUCAGGACUCGCUCCCUCCUGGGACUGCUUUGCUCAGUUGCUUUUAAGAAAGCAAGGGGAAGGGGAAAGCUAUGACACGGAUUCUCCCGGUGAAGCAGAGGAAAACAUGCAUCCCAACGACACAUCCCCAGGUUUCAUUUCAAGAACAAAGGAGCUUCAGGGCCCUAAAAGAUCUCUCGGGAUGUGUAAAGGUGAGCCUCAGGGUCCCUGUACUCUUCCACCAAGUCAUCGUCAUUUCCAAGGAGCUGGUGCAUCAAGACAGUGACCCUGCCAGUCCAGAAAAUUUUGCCAGAGCUGGAGUGAUUGGGAAAGCAUCACACGUCUCCCCUGCAUAAGGUUGCUGGUUGAUCCUGUAGGGAGACUGCCCCUUGCCCUCUGCCCUGCCUCUGCUAUGGACACUUCUGCUUUCAGCCUCCCUACGCCGGCAGUGUCAGAGGAGGGGAAUGCCUCUGGUAGCUGGGCAGGCUUCACCACCCCCAACAGCUCCACCACUGCCAGCCCCGAUGUGGUUUUCAGCGGUGUCCUCAUCCCCCUGGUCUACCUCAUUGUCUGCGUGGUGGGGCUGGUUGGGAAUUCCCUGGUCAUUUACGUGGUCUUGCGGCACUCGGUGAGUGAGUCGGUGACCAACGUCUACAUCCUGAACCUAGCCCUAGCCGAUGAGCUCUUCAUGCUGGGCCUGCCGUUCCUGGCCGCACAAAAUGCCCUGUCCUACUGGCCGUUUGGGUCCUUCAUGUGCCGCCUGGUGAUGGCCGUGGAUGCUAUCAACCAGUUCACCAGCAUCUUCUGCCUGACGGUGAUGAGCGUUGACCGCUACCUGGCCGUGGUCCACCCUGGGAAGUCCUCCAAAUGGCGGACAGCACGGGUAGCCAAGGCCGUGAGUGCGACCGUGUGGAUGCUGUCAUCCAUAGUGGUGCUACCCGUGGUGGUCUUCUCAGACGUCCCCUUAGGGAUGAGCACGUGCCACAUCCAGUGGCCAGAACCUGCCUCGGUGUGGAGAGCUGGCUUCAUCGUUUAUACUGCCACCCUGGGCUUCUUCGGGCCGCUGCUGGUGAUUUGUCUCUGCUAUCUCCUUAUCGUCGUGAAGGUCCGCUCCUCCGGCAGGCGGGUGAGGGCUCUGUCCUCCAAGCACAAGCUUUCAGAGCGCAGAGUGACUCGCAUGGUGGUGGCCGUCGUGGCCGUCUUUGUCCUCUGCUGGCUUCCCUUCUAUGUUCUCAACAUAAUCAAUGUUGUUUGCCCACUGCCAGAGGAGCCAUCACUCUUCGGUGUCUACUUCCUUGUGGUGGUGCUGCCGUAUGCCAACAGCUGUGCCAAUCCUAUCAUCUACGGCUUCCUCUCCUACCGCUUCAAGCAGGGCUUCCGAAGGGCCAUCUUCAGGCCAUCCCGUCGAGUCCAGAGCCAGGAAGUGCCAGCAUGUCCACCAGAGAAGACCGAUGAUGAAGGGGAAGAGGGGGAGAUCAGCAAGAUUGCCCAGAAUGGCAAUGACAGGCAGGAACGCCCGCUGUGCAGCGGGGCAGGAGAGAGCAAUGAGCAAAAACCACUCCCUGAGCAGCCUGUGGGCUCUGAGAAGAGCAACAAGCUGCAUGUCAGUUAUUUAUGAUGAAAGGGACGCUGCAGGGGAAAGGGACAUUGAGAUGUGGGAUCCCCUUCACCCUCUGGGCUAUUCCAUCUCAAACACAAUGGGAAAGGUCAA